GAUUAAUAAUCAACAUAUUGAAGAUGACGAAAUUUUAAUUUCAUUUGACGUGAUUUCCUUGUUCCCAAGCAUUCCAGUAAACUUGGCUAUUAGUGCUAUUAAAGAUAGUUGGUCUAUUAUAAAGGAACAUACACAUAUACCAAUGGAUCUUUUUAUUGACAUUUUGACAACAUGUAUUAAGGACGCUAGAUAUUUCGCAUAUAAGGAUAAGAUAUAUGAACAACAAAAAGGCAUGCCGAUGGGCUCACCUAUUUCACCAAUCAUUGCUGAUAUAAUAAUGGAGAAACUUCUUGACGAAACUAUGAACAAAUUGGCUAUCAAACCCAGAUUCUUGACAAAAUAUGUGGACGACAUAUUUUGCAUCGUAAAAAAGGAGGAAGUGGAAAAUACACUUAAGACGCUGAAUAUGUACAACAAACAACUACGGUUUACGAUGGAGAGUGAAUUGAAUAAUCAGUUACCAUAUCUAGAUAGCUUAGUACAAAGAGAAGGAAAAAAGUUGUUAUUAGAUUGGUACCAAAAGCCAACAGCCUCGGGUAGAUUAAUUAAUUACCAUUCAAAGCAUCCGCGACGUAUAAAAAUCAACACGGCCACAAACUUUAUCCAAAGGGUCUUGAAAAUAAGUGACAGAAAAUUCCAUGCAAAGAACAAAAUCAAAAUCAUAAAGAUUUUAAAAAUGAAUGACUUCCCUAGUAACAUUGUUAAUGAAUUGAUUAAACGCGCCGAGGGUAAUAGAGCAUACCAAAAUACAAAAUUAGUGGAAAAGACAUAUAAAAGAUCUACAUAUAUACCAGGGUUUUCGGAAAGAUUUUCUUCAUCAAACAUGUACAACAGUGAGAAGUAUCAAUUGGCAUUCAGAAGCAGUAACACCAACAAUAAUUUCUUUAGUAGAACUAAAACAAAAAUUCCACACGAGGAUAAAUCUAACGUCGUUUAUAAGAUUAAAUGUAAUGGGGACGGGUCCAACGUAUGUCAGAAGGCAUAUGUUGGGACAACAAAAUCUAAAUUAAAAACUCGUAUUAGCUCUCAUAAAUCGGACCAAAAGACAAAAACUAAACCCAUAGAGCAAAAAACUGCCCUUGCUGCCCAUUGCCAACAAGAAGGACAUACGCCCAAUUUCAAAGAUGUCGACAUCUUGGCACAAGAAAAUAACUACAAACGUAGGUACAUGUUAGAAAUGCUACAUAUUAUAAAUGUACCUCCUAAUAAACGAAUGAACUACAAAACUGACACGGAACAUUGUGCUCAAAUUUAUAGAAAUGUCAUCGAAAAGCAUAAGAAAAAUUAGUUGGAAAAUUCGAGUAAAAAGGAAAGGAUGGAAAAGCUGCAUCAGAGAACUUAAAAACAGAAGAGUUAAAAUCCAAUUCAAAUCCCUGAUGAUGACUAUCGAAGAUAGUCGAAAUAUCGGACAAAUAAAUUAAUAUAUAAAAAAACAAAUUCGUCUGUUUUUUAAAUUCUGACCUCGAGCCAAACGAAAAACCAGAAGAAAAUACAUUGA